GCUCGGCACCGAAACCGGAGUCCCUGGCCGCGAACCUUGGUCUUUAUAUACUUUUGACAAAGAAGAAAUGAUUUGGUGAUGGAGUGCUCCCCCUGACCGAUGGACUCAAAGAAGAGAAGCUCAACAGAAGCGGAAGGAUCCAAAGAAAGAGGCCUGGUCCACGUGUGGCAGGCAGGAUCCUAUUCUGUAACACCAGAGAGACUGCCAGGCUGGGGAGGAAAGACUGUUCUUCAGGCAGCCCUUGGAGUGAAGCAUGGAGUUCUUCUGACUGAAGAUGGUGAGGUCUACAGCUUUGGGACGCUUCCCUGGAGAAGUGAACCAGCAGAGAUUUGUCCGAAUAGCCCCAUUCUAGAAAAUGCCCUGGUUGGGCAAUAUGUUGUUACCGUGGCAUCAGGGAGUUUCCACAGUGGAGCAGUGACAGAAAGUGGCAUAGUGUACAUGUGGGGGGAGAACUCUGCAGGCCAGUGUGCAGUAGCUAACCAGCAGUAUGUUCCAGAACCGAAUCCUGUCAGCAUUUCUGACUCUGAGACCAGUUCUUUGGUAGCGGUCAGGAUUUUGCAGUUGGCGUGUGGUGAGGAGCACACACUGGCCUUGUCGAUAAGCAGAGAGAUUUGGGCAUGGGGUACUGGUUGUCAGUUGGGUCUCAUUACCACCUCCUUCCCGGUGACAAAGCCACAAAAGGUGGAACAUCUUGCUGGCCGAGUCGUGCUACAAGUUGCCUGUGGUGCGUUCCACAGCUUGGCCCUUGUGCAGUGCCUCCCUUCCCAGGAUCUGAAGCCAGUCCCAGAAAGAUGCAACCAGUGCAGCCAACUCCUGAUUACUAUGACUGACAAAGAAGACCAUGUCAUUAUAUCAGACAGUCACUGCUGCCCGUUAGGGGUGACACUGUCGGAAUCCCAGACGGAAAACCAGGCCAGCACUGCCAUCAGCCCCUGCGCUGAAACCCUUGACAGCCAGGGAGAAGUGUUUGAGAACACGCUUGUAGGAAAGGAUCUGCCUGUUGCUACUGACACGAAUGUUGGAGAUGUUCAGACCACGGGUGGUGAUGCCAUUUCCUCCCAACAAGACGUCGUGGGAACAACUGAAAUUUCUUCGGCCAGGAAUGUACCGUCGUGCCCUGAUACUCAGGCAGUGAAUGAGUACAUGGCAAAACUCUCAGAUCAUUCAGUAAGAGAGAACUCAGAGAACGGCGAAAAGCCAGUGCCAUCUCAGCCUCUUGUAGAAGAAGCAGUUCCUAAUCUUCACAGCCCACCAACCACAAGCACCUCAGCCCUAAACAGCCUAGUAGUCUCUUGUGCAUCUGCUGUUGGUGUGAGAGUGGCUGCUACAUACGAAGCUGGGGCCUUGUCUCUUAAGAAAGUUAUGAACUUUUAUAGUACGGCCCCUUGUGAACCUGGAACUCAGGCAGGCAGUAGUUCCAUAGGCCCAGAAGGUCUGAAAGAUAGCAGAGAAGAACAGGUUAAACAGGAAUCCAUGCAAGGAAAGAAGAGUUCAAGUCUUGUGGAUAUCCGAGAAGAGGAAUCAGAGGGAGGCAGCCGGAGACUCUCCCUCCCUGGCUUGUUGUCUCAAGUUUCCCCCAGGCUCUUAAGAAAAGCUGCCCGGGUGAAAACACGGACAGUGGUUCUGACUCCUACAUACAGUGGAGAAGCAGAUGCACUUCUGCCUUCUCUGAGAACAGAGGUGUGGACCUGGGGGAAAGGGAAGGAAGGACAGCUGGGACAUGGUGAUGUUCUGCCUAGGCUUCAACCACUGUGUGUAAAAUGUCUGGAUGGUAAAGAAGUAAUCUGUCUGGAGGCAGGUGGUUACCAUUCUCUUGCACUUACUGCGAAAUCCCAGGUUUACUCCUGGGGAAGCAAUACCUUUGGUCAACUUGGGCAUUAUGAUUUUCCAACAACAGUUCCUCGUCUUGCAAAGGUGAACAGUGAAAAUAGAGUUUGGAGCGUAGCCGCAGGCCAGGAUUAUUCCCUGUUUUUAGUGGAUACAGAAGACUUCCAGCCUGGGUUAUAUUACAGUGGCCGACAGGACCCUGCAGAAGGUGACAACCUUCCAGAGAAUCACAGUGGUACUAAGACUCCAGUACUUCUCUCCUGUAGUAAGCUCGGAUAUAUAAGCAGAGUGACAGCAGGAAAAGAUAGCUAUCUAGCUUUGGUGGACAAAAAUGUUAUGGGAUAUAUUGCCAGUCUCCAUGAGUUGGCUACUACGGAAAGACGAUUCUAUUCAAAACUAAGUGACAUCAAAUCUCAGAUUCUCCGGCCUCUUCUCAGUUUAGAAAAUUUGGGCACCGCAAGCACAGUCCAGCUGUUGCAGGAGGUGGCAAGCCGUUUCAGCAAGCUGUGUUACCUGAUUGGUCAGCACGGAGCCUCCCUGAGCAACUUCCUCCAUGGGAUAAAGGAAGCCCGGAGUUUGGUCAUUCUGAAGCAUGCAAGUCUCUUCUUGGAUAGUUAUACAGAGUAUUGCACAUCUAUUACAAAUUUCCUGGUUAUGGGAGGAUUCCAGCUUCUUGCUAAGCCCGCCAUUGAUUUCCUAAAUAAAAACCAAGAGCUGUUACAAGAUUUAUCAGAAGUAAAUGAUGAGAACACCCAAUUGAUGGAAAUACUGAAUACUCUGUUUUUCUUGCCAAUCAGACGACUUCAUAAUUAUGCAAAAGUUUUGCUAAAGCUUGCUACUUGUUUUGAAGUGACAUCUCCGGACUACCAGAAACUGCAGGAUUCCAGUUCUUGUUACGAGUCUCUUGCUCUCCAUCUCGGCAGGAAAAGGAAGGAAGCUGAGUACACACUGGGAUUCUGGAAGACCUUUCCCGGGAAGAUGACGGAUUCCUUGAGGAAGCCAGAGCGUCGGCUGCUCUGUGAGAGCAGUAACCGAGCCCUGUCUCUGCAGCAUGCUGGAAGGUUUUCUGUGAACUGGUUCAUUCUCUUUAACGAUGCCCUAGUCCAUGCCCAGUUUUCCACACAUCAUGUUUUCCCUUUGGCUACGCUAUGGGCAGAGCCACUUUCUGAAGAAGCUGGUGGUGUGAAUGGCUUAAAGAUAACUACACCCGAGGAGCAGUUCACUCUCAUUUCAUCAACACCCCAGGAAAAGACUAAGUGGCUGCGGGCUAUAAGCCAAGCUGUGGAUCAGGCUUUGAGGGGAACAUCUGAUCUUCCCCCUUACGGAAGUGGCAGCGGUAUUCAGAGGCAGGAACCACCCAUCUCACGCAGUGCCAAAUACACUUUCUACAAGGAUCCUCGCCUGAAGGAUGCGACCUAUGAUGGACGCUGGCUUUCAGGGAAGCCUCAUGGCAGAGGGGUUUUGAAGUGGCCAGAUGGGAAGAUGUAUUCUGGCAUGUUCAGGAAUGGCUUGGAAGAUGGAUAUGGAGAAUACAGAAUCCCAAACAAAGCAUUGAACAAAGAAGACCAUUAUGUGGGCCAUUGGAAAGAAGGAAAAAUGUGUGGUCAAGGAGUCUAUAGUUAUGCCUCUGGUGAAGUGUUUGAAGGCUGUUUUCAAGAUAACAUGCGUCAUGGUCAUGGUCUCCUGAGAAGUGGAAAAUUGACUUCCUCUUCUCCCAGCAUGUUCAUUGGCCAGUGGGUAAUGGAUAAGAAAGCAGGAUAUGGUGUCUUUGAUGAUAUCACUAGGGGGGAAAAGUAUAUGGGAAUGUGGCAAGAUGACGUAUGUCAAGGGAAUGGUGUGGUAGUUACCCAGUUUGGAUUAUACUAUGAAGGCAACUUUCACCUUAAUAAAAUGAUGGGAAAUGGGGUUUUACUUUCCGAAGAUGAUACUAUAUAUGAGGGAGAAUUUUCAGAUGACUGGACUCUUAGUGGAAAGGGAACACUGACUAUGCCAAAUGGAGAUUAUAUUGAAGGUUAUUUUAGUGGAGAAUGGGGAUCUGGGAUAAAAAUCACUGGAACCUACUUCAAGCCUAGUCUGUAUGAGAGUGAUAAAGACAGACCCAAAGUUUUCAGGAAGCUGGGAAACCUGGCAGUGUCAGCUGAUGAAAAGUGGAAAGCGGUAUUUGAUGAAUGUUGGCAUCAACUGGGCUGUGAGAACCCAGGCCAAGGGGAAGUCUGGAAAGCCUGGGACAAUAUUGCUGUGGCCCUGACCACCAGUCGACGCCAGCACAGAGACAGUCCAGAGACAUUAAGUCGUUCGCAGACUCAGACACUGGAGAGUUUGGAAUUCAUUCCUCAGCAUGUUGGGGCCUUCUCUGUGGAGAAAUAUGAUGACAUCAAGAAAUAUUUAAUAAAGGCCUGUGACACUCCUUUGCACCCCCUGGGCAGGCUUGUGGAGACCCUGGUUGCAGUUUACAGAAUGACAUACGUGGGUGUGGGAGCCAAUCGUAGGUUAUUGCAGGAGGCUGUGAAGGAGAUCAAGUCUUACCUUAAGCGAAUUUUCCAGCUGGUGAGAUUCUUGUUUCCUGAGCUUCCCGAAGAGGGCAGCACAAUUCCUCUCUCUGCCCCUUUGCCAACGGAGAGGAAAUCCUUUUGCACUGGCAAGUCAGACUCCAGAUCCGAGUCGCCAGAGCCAGGUUAUGUGGUAACAAGUUCUGGGUUAUUGCUUCCCGUACUGCUGCCUCGGCUCUACCCACCACUGUUCAUGCUCUAUGCCCUGGAUAACGAUCGCGAGGAGGACAUUUACUGGGAAUGUGUUCUGCGGCUGAAUAAGCAGCCAGAUAUUGCUCUUCUGGGCUUCCUUGGGGUACAGAGGAAAUUCUGGCCUGCAACCUUGUCAAUCCUUGGAGAAAGUAAAAAGGUUUUGCCAACUACAAAAGAUGCUUGUUUUGCCUCAGCUGUAGAAUGUCUACAGCAGAUCAGCACAACAUUUACCCCAUCAGACAAACUUAAGGUCAUCCAGCAAACUUUUGAAGAGAUCUCUCAGAGUGUGCUGGCAUCACUUCAGGAAGACUUCUUGUGGUCCAUGGAUGACUUGUUUCCUGUUUUCUUAUAUGUGGUGCUACGGGCCAGGAUUAGGAAUUUAGGCUCUGAAGUACACCUCAUUGAGGAUCUAAUGGACCCAUAUCUUCAGCAUGGGGAACAGGGAAUAAUGUUCACCACCCUGAAGGCAUGUUAUUACCAGAUCCAGCGUGAGAAGCUUAACUAGGAUGCACGACAGCUUGCCAACUGGAUUAUCUGUAGGAAGUUUUAGCACCAUCUGGCGUCUUCCCGAAGCAGCGAAAACGAAUGGUGUUGAAAUUAGGACGUUGUGUUAUUUUGGUGGUUAUUUCUGAGCCUUACUAAUGAUGAUAGCCCUGCGCCCAGAAAAAAAAAAAGACUGUAUGACUCAAAGAGAGGGUUGGAACG